AUGGAAGAAGUUGUUGGUGACGGGUCGUGCUCAUAUAAGAUCAAAGAAAAAUUCAAGCUUCUAAAAGAGAGAUUAAAAUGGUGGAAUGGUGAAGUGUUCGGUUGGGUUAAUCUGAAGAUUGAGAAAGCAGUGGAGGACAUGAAUUUCUGCAAUGAUCAGCUGCAAUUAGUAGUUGAUUCUGAAGGCGUUUUGUCGGACAAUCGCAAGAAAGCAAAAUUCGAUUUUUGGAAUACCUUGAAGCUGAGGGAGUGCAUCCUAAAACAAAAAUCAAGGGCUGCUUGGCUGAAUGAAGGGGACACGAAUACAAAUUUUUUCCAUAGAUCUGUUAAGGAAAGAAGGAAGAGAAAUAGCUUGGUGGGUAUUGAAUCCCCUUUAGGCAGAGUUGAAACUGUGGAAGGAAUGAAAGGGGAGGUUAGACGCUUUUUUGAGGCUAAAUACAAAGAGUCUCCGUUAAGAAGACCGGUUCUAGACGGUAUCGAAUUCAAUUAUAUAACAACAGGGGAGGCGGAGGAAUUGGAACAUCCUUUCACUACGGAGGAAGUAAAGGACGUGGUUUGGAGCUGUGAUGGCGACAAAUGCCCAGGGCUGGAUAGAUAA